AUGACAGAUGACGUGGGCAUGUGGCGCGGAAGCGGCUUCUGGUUUAGCAAUCAACCGCUGAUCGCCACCGUGCGGCACCUCCUGGAGGUCAAUGAUGGGAGGCCCAAGACGAUCAUGGCAAGCUACCCCGACGAUGCGCUAGGCAAGACGGUGGAGGAGUUCAGAGUGUCAGAGCAGGAUGACAUCGCAGUGCUGAAGGGCACUCGCAUGCCGCCGAGCUUCAUGGGUGACAUCAUGCGGUGGCAACUGUCAUGGCUUCAAUGA